AUGCUUCAGAGACCGCAGAAGAUCGUGGCUGCUGAGAUGGCUGGCCAGGAAGCCACACGGCAGAGGCACCUUAACCAGGAUACUGAUGGCAAAGAGUCAGCAUCAGCGGAGCCCGAAGCCUGGAAGAUCCGCUACGAGAAGUGCUGGCUGCACCGGCGCUGCUCCUCGCUGCUCCACAAGGACAAGCAGGCUCGGCAGGCCGGGCAGCUGUUCUCAGGGCUGCUGGCCAUGAACGUGGUGUUUCUGGGCUGCGCCUUCAUAAGCAGCAUGAUUUUCAACAGGGUGGCAAUUACCUUGCGCGACGUCAGGAUCUUCCUUUCCAUCCUCAAGAUCCUGUCUCUCUGCUGGAUCAUUUACUACUUGCUGUGUACCAGCAGGAAGCCCCAUGCUGUGCUGUACAGGGACUCCCAUGCCGGGCCAGUCUGGGUGCAGGGGUCUCUAGUGCUGUUUGGAGCCUGCACCAUCCUCCUGCAUGUGUUCAGGAUCGGAUACAUUGUCAGCCACAACCAUUGCAAAUCCCAACUGGAAAUCCUGUUCCUGUGCAUAGAAAUCAUCUUCGUUUGCAUUCAGACGUACCUUUUAUGGCGCCACUGUAAGGACUGUACCCAAGUCCAGCACAACCUCACCAGAUGUGGGCUGAUGCUGACCAUGGCCACAGAUCUCCUCCUCUGGCUGUUAGCGGUGACCAACGACUCUGUUCACAGGGAAAUUGAAUCUGCACUCAAAGGCAACGAGUCCAGCUCAUGCACGUGUCCAAACACAAUAGCCUGCCGUGUCUUCCAGAAGGGCUACAUCUUGCUGUACCCCUUCAACACGGAAUACUGUCUCAUCGGCAGCUCCAUGCUGUACGUCAUGUGGAAGAACGUGGGCAGGCGCAUCCCUCCCCACCACACCAUUCAUGCCCAGCCCAAGUUCAAGCUCCGUGGUGUCAUUUAUGGGCUGGUGCUGGGCAUAUCUACAUUGUUCAUUGGGAUCUGCAUCUUCAUGACCUACCAGAUCGAGGCUACCAGCUCAGCGCCUAGGCAGGAGACCCUUGUGCUGUAUUAUUCCUACUACGUCGCGCUUCUGCCGAUGAUGACUGUGGGUGCCUUGGCUGGGACUGUCAUCCAUGGCUUGGAAGAGCGUGAGCUAGAUACUCUGAAAAACCCAACCCGAAGCCUGGACGUGAUCCUGCUCAUGGGAGCAGCCCUAGGCCAGAUUGGCAUUUCUUACUUCUCCAUUGUCGCCAUUGUGGCCACCAACCCUGGAGACCUGCUAAACAGACUCAUCCUGACCUACGCGGUCAGCCUCAUCAUUCAGCACAUCACACAAAACAUCUUCAUUAUCGAGGGGCUUCACCGGCAGCCUUUGGUGGAGGAUCCUGAUGCCAGCCUGGCUGGGCCCCACACACAGCACUCGGGUCCAUCCAGUGAAGAGACGGCCAUGUCACACACCAGCCAGGAGCCCGCGCCACCCCCUGGCAACAAAGAGACUGAAGCAAAAGAAGGUGAGAAGCGUGAAGACUGUGACCCGAGAAGAGUUUACCCACUAGAGAUAAGACAGGAGAUCAGGAGGGUUUCGCAUGCCUACAGCCAUACCUACGGCCGCCUGAACUGGAAGAGGAAAGCCCUAAAGGAGAUCUCAAUCUUCUUGGUCUUGUGCAACAUCAUACUGUGGAUCAUGCCCACAUUCGGGAUGCACCCCGCCUUCGAGAACGGACUGGAGAAGUCGUUUUACGGUUACUCCACCUGGUUUGCCAUCGUGAACUUCGGCCUGCCCCUGGGUGUGUUCUACAGAAUGCACUCCGUCGGGGGGCUCCUGGAGGUUUAUGUGUCAUCCUGA